AUGGGUUCGUUAUGCUGCGUGGCGGCACGGCCACAUGGGGCUAGCACAGCAAGCCAGGAGUGGUCCUCUAUUAGCCGCAGCGACCCACCCUGGCGGACUGGUGCUGGCUUUUCUCCACCUCUGUCUAGGGGGUGGGAGUACAGGAUCAACUCGGAAGGGUUGUCUUAUGGAUCCCAUGGUGAUAGGGGGGUCGCUGUGAGUUAUGGGUCAUCACUAUCAUCGAAUAGUAAAGGAGCUAGUAGGAGCUGGGAGAGGAAUGAGCUUCCACAAGAUCACCGCUACUCUACAUCUGAGGGUGCCAUUUCGUAUCUCAACAGCCCAGAUGUCAGCUUCCAGAACCACCAUAUUAUGCUACCGAUGCUGCAAGAUUCUAGUGUUGAUGAAUACAUGAGAGUUUCAGUUGCUGAGCCUGUAGGUGCUUUAUUAUUGUCAGAGGGAAUGUCAGGACAACAGAAUAGUGGUGGUUCCACCUCCUCUCGCUCUGAUGGAAGUGAAUAUGAUAUUGUACCUAAAUCAUACACAUCAACGCCCCGCAACUUCCCGAGUCGCCGAUCAUUCCUGUCAAAGCCAAUCCACCCUGUUUCAUUUCCAGAACAUGCACUAGAAGCACAAGAAACUCAAAGUCCUGUUGCCAACGCAAGCUCCAGCAAUCCUCUGUGCUCUGAAUUCAAGGGAACAGGAGAGCUUCGCUUUCCAGGUCCCAUGGACUAUGGUAGUGCUAGUCAUGGGGAGUCAGGAAAUUGGAGUGCGGCAAGUAGCAUGGAUCUUACUGAUUUAUCAGAACGACCUGAAGCUGGACCACGGCGUCCUAAUAAUGUAAUGCAGAAAACAAGGUGUGACCUCUGUGAGAGGCUUCUGACAAAGAGAUCACCUUGGGGUUCUCGUAGAAUUGUACGCACUGGAGAUUUGCCAGUUGCUGGUGUUCUCCCAUGCUCCCAUGUCUACCAUGCUGAGUGUUUAGAGCGGACCACUCCCAAGGGGCAGAAGCAUGACCCUCCUUGCCCUGUGUGCGACAAGCUGGCUGGUAAAGAUACCGAGCAGUGGUCAAUUUGCAGGUUAAAAAAUGGAUUCCCAAGAUUACGUUCACUAGGGGAAGGGCCUUCUCGAGUUUGGAGCUGUGCUCAUGCUGGAGAUUGUGUUGCUGGGACUGUCCAGAUGCCAAGAUCAAAUAGCAUUGCGCUAUUGACUCGGAGUGGUCACAAGAGGCAUGCAUCUUCGAAGGGAGAGCCCAGCAAAGACUGGGCUGAAACAUCAAAAAAUACUUGCAUGUAA